AUGAAAUUCCGAAAAGAGCGAAAAGUAGAGCAAUCGCGCCUGAAUCAACUGCUCCACGGUCCCAUCGAAGAUCGGAAUGCGGUGAUUGACGGUGAGAGAGACGCGACAGCAGUGCUAUACGUUCCCGACGGACGACACGACGGCAAAAUGGUGGCGGUGAUCGAAAUGGGCGGGGCUUCGAAUCAGAAGAAGAAUUCGACUUCGAUGAGAAACAAUCAAUCGAUAAUGGAACGAUCGGACAGUAUUCAGGGCAUUGUGGGCAGCCAAUCGCAGAGCAUAUCGAUUGGUACGGUCGAUAAUGAUUCGAGAAUCGGGCUGAGUGUGGGCGGAGUCGAUGAGACGAUUGCUGACGGAUCGACGUGUAAUCUGUUUGAGAUGGAUCGAGCUGGAGGAGGAACACCCCGACCGAACUUGUCGCUUCGAAGCAGCUCACGAAUUCUGGAUGAAUCGAUGACGACGUCGACGAAUUCAGAAACGCGGCGAACAGGUCAGUCAUAUGAAGAAGCAUUGGAAGAGGCACUUCAUUCGUCACCAUCCAAAGACCAAGUCGCAUCACCAACGGCACGGACGUCUUCUGCCUCCAGGACACCACAGGCGGCAACGUCUCCAACGUCGCCGACGGGAGCUCCAACAUCUACCACCACGUCCACCUCCAAUACAACGGCAUCCGCAGUAAUAUUGAACGGGACGAAUAGUUCAAAGCCACGUGGAUUCACUGAUGCCGUUCGGUUGGCUGAUAUGUUGGCGAGGAAUCAACAACAACCUGUUUAG